AUGGAGAACGAGACGGAGGUGAGCGAGUUCAUCCUUCUGGGCCUGACCGACCUCCAGGAGCUGCAAGGUUUCCUCUUCGCCUUCUUCCUGCUGCUCUACAUGGCCAGCGUCCUGGGAAAUGGGGCCAUCGUGGUCGUGGUGAUGGCUGAGUACCAGCUCCACACCCCCAUGUACUUCUUCCUGGGCAACCUCUCCUGCUUGGACAUCUUCUACUCAACGGUCACCGCGCCCAAGAUGCUGGCUGGAUUCCUCUCCGGCCAACAGGCCAUCUCCUUCGCCAGCUGCCUGGCUCAGCUCCACUUCUUCCACUUCCUGGGCAGCAGCGAGGCCAUCCUGCUGGCCGUCAUGGCCUACGACCGUUACGUGGCCAUCUGCAACCCUCUGCGCUACAGGCUGGUCAUGAACCCACAGGCCUGUCUGCUCCUGGCCACAGCCACCUGGUCCAGUGGUUUCCUGCAUGCCCUGAUGCACACGGUCAUGACCUCCCGGCUGCACUUCUGUGGCCCCAACCAUGUGCCCCACUUCUUCUGUGACAUCAAACCUCUCCUCAGCUUGGCCUGCGGCAACACCCACCUCAACCUGAGCCUCCUCAAUAUAGUCACCGGAGGCAUCGUGAUAGGCCCCUUCAUCCUCACGCUCCUCUCCUACCUCUACAUCACCUCCUUCCUCUUCCUGAAGGUCCAGUCGUGGGCCGGCAGGAGAAAGGCCUUCUCCACCCUCUCCUCCCACCUCACCGUGGUGACUUUAUUCUACGUGCCCGUCCUCUCCAAUUACGUGCCACGCUCCGUGGGAGGCUCCGCCGAGAGGGAGAUGGCCGUCACCCUCAUGUACACCAUCGUCACCCCCACGCUGAACCCCCUGAUCUACACCCUGAGGAACGAGGAGGUGAAAUCUGCCCUGAGGAAAGCGCUAAGGAGAACGCUUCUCCCCGGGAAAAAAUGA